AUGGCUCCUAUCGCUACUACUCAGCCGAAAAACCACAACAGAAGCACGUCGACUUAUCAAAACGAUAGCAGCCACGAAACUAGAAAGGGAAACGGAAAUGAAAACGGCAUGUCGAUAUCCAUGCAAUCUCUCCCUCAGGCACGGAAAACCAAGCAGCAAGACCAACAUGAACAAAACCCUCCUUCUAUUCCAAGUGAAGACCUGCAGCCCAGAAUCAGGAUCCUCACCCACAACAUCUGGGCCCUUAAACACAUCUCUCCUUACCGACCCGAACGUCUCACUCACAUCGCCCACCUCAUCGCCACUUCCCCCAACCCCCCAGACAUAAUCUGCCUCCAAGAAUGCUGGACCUACCCCAACUACGCCCUCCUCCGCCGCCUCCUCUCCCCUCGAUAUCGCCACGGUAAAUUCUACCACUCGGGCUGUUUCGGCGGCGGACUAGUCAUCCUCUCCAAAUGGCGCAUCGUUGAAACCGAAAUGGUUCCCUACGCGCUGAAUGGAAGACCCAGUGCGUUCUGGAGGGGAGAUUGGUUCGUCGGGAAGGGCGUUGCCGUCGCACGGAUCGCUCUACCGAGAAAGUUCUGCCGGAGGGAUGAUGACGCUGCUCAGGCCAGGUAUCUCGAGGUCUUCAACACGCACCUCCAUGCGCCGUAUAAUGAGGGGAAGGAGGGAAAGGACACGUAUUCUGUGCAUCGCGUGGCCCAGGCGUGGCAGAUCGCGCGGAUGAUGCGGCAUGCACUGGAACGCGGGAAUCUGGUUGUAGCGUGUGGGGAUUUCAACAUGUCGCCUGGCGGGAUCGAGUGUGCUGUUAUUCAGCAUCAGACGAGAGGGCUGAUGCGCGAUGUUUGGCAAGAGAGGUUUCCGGAUAGUAGCUGGGGUGCUUGGAUUGAGGAGCGUGAGCGGGAAAGACUGAGGGAGCUGAGCGGGAAAGGGGGACUGGGGAAGAGUAGGACGGGGCCGCCGACGGUAGAGGAGACUUUGCUGAAGCAUGGUCAUACAUGUGAUUCGGUGUUUAAUACAUGGAGGUGGGAGAAGCGGGCUCAGCGGGAUCUGCUGAAGAAGGGGAUUGACAGGGUUGUUGGUUUGCACGAGGAGGAUCCGAGGGCGAAGAGGCUGGAUUAUGUCUUCUUUGGUGAUGGUAGCAACCCUCGGGGUAGGGUUGGAAGUAGGGAUGGGAAUGGAGAGUGGACAGUCAAAGAAGCAAGCAUCCGCAUGACGGAGCGACAUCCAGACCUGAAAUGCAGUCUGAGUGACCAUUUUGCUGUCGAGACCGAGAUUGCGUGGACUACUACACCAGGGAGAAUUAGAGAUGAGCAGAACGGAAACACCAUCACUCCCAUCGACAAAACCCUCUCCUCUUAUCCCCUCGACAUCCCCAAAAUUCUAACCCUCCUCCGCCGCCGCCGCUGCAUCCACUUCCUCGCCUCCAUCGUCAUCACCCUGUCCUGCUUCGUCGCCGUCCGGUUCUCACCUGCAAACUACGUGUCUUGUAUCUUGCUGGUGUUGAGUAGUCUGGGGCUGAUGGCCGGGACGGUGGACGGGUUGAUCGGCCUGUUGUUUGGGGGGUGGGAGUUGAGGGCACUGAAGGAGUGGGAAGGGGAGGUGAGGAGGGGGAUAAGUGGCGGGAUGGGGAUGGAGAUGGGACUCGAGGGGGGUGGGGUUGGGAACCACGGUUUGGAUGGGGUGGGAGAUGAAGAUGGUGGUGGUGGGUGGCAGUUCGACGGGGGAGAAGAGGUGGAGAUGGGCAGGGUGAAGGAUUGGUGGUCAUGA